CAUAAUGGAAGGUGUCGCAACAUGUGCAAUACUCUUCCGUCAUAUGUUGCUAAUGAAGUGACUAUAGUCGCAGUCAUUUAAGUUGGGUUGCAGAUGAAUUUUGUCAGGGUUUACAAGAGCGUGAAAAUAAGGCGAGCGCUGCUCAGCAGGAAGUCAAGCGCCAUCAGCGAAGUGCGCAUGUGCCGCAGCUCUCCACAAUCUACGGGUGUGUUUCUCUUCAUAAAACGAUGAACAAACUCCUGGACAGCUGUUCUGUGAAAGCAGUCCCCCUCUGGAGUCUACUGUGAGUGUGAUGGCGACCACCGACGAGGUCACUGUGUCCAUGGGGGAGGUGGUAAUGGUAAAGGCUGAAGGGGAGGGUGACCCCAAUGACCCCAAUAAGACUCAGGUCAUCCUCCAGCUGCAACCGAUCACCUCUGGAGAUGAAUCUGCUGAAACAGAUGCAGCUGUUAUGGCUGUUGAAGCACAUCCAGAACAAACAGAGGGAGAUGACGUAGAAAUUGGCUGUCCCAUAACAUGCGGCGACAGUAAAGCUGUGUUGCUAGUGAAGAAAUUUGUGUGCCCAGGAAUCAAUGUAAAAUGUGUGAAGUAUGAAGACCAGCUGAUCAGCCCCAAGCAGUUUGUGCACAUUUCUGGAAAAGCCACUCUGAAAGACUGGAAGAGAGCCAUCAGGAUGGGUGGAGUCAUGCUAAGAAAAAUGAUGGAUUCAGGUCAGCUUGACUUCUACCAGCACAGCACACUGUGUACCAACACGUGUCGCAGCACCAAGUUUGACCUUCUCAUCAACAAUACACGGUUCCCUCCAGACGGCAGUGGACUUAAUACACCCACGUCCUCUCAAGCUCAGGUGGUUCUAGGUAAUGGCGGGGCAGUGGGCGAGGACAGACCCGAAGUUCUGAGUGGGAAGGCGGACUGGAGCUCAAGCUCACUGGAGUCUUUAGACAAGAAGGAAUCCAAUGAAAUCUCAGAGGACACACUGAACUUCUGGAAGGGUAUUGCCGAUGUGGGUUUGCUGGGUGAAGUGGUGACUAACAUCAGCACGGAGCUGCUGGAGCUGCUGAAUGGUGUGCAGCAGCUCAGGGAUCUGGCAGCCUUACAGGACACAGAUUCCUGUCUGGUAGAGGUGGCGGUGCUCAGUAACCUUGCCCAAGUGUUUGGCCUGCUAGACUCAGUCAAGAAGAUCCUGGAGAAGAGGAGGCAGCAGACAGAUCCCAGUCAGGAGCAGGUCCUCAGCACACUCACUAACCUGGAGGUGCAGUUGGAAGAACAGAGGAAGCAGCAGCAGGUGCGAGCUCUUCUCUCCUGCCCACAGCCCGCCAAAAACAAAACUCCAACCAAGCGCCAGACCAAGCGGCCUCGUCUCCAGCGGCCCGCCUCCACCACCACCCUCCUGACCUCCCCCAUCAACCAGCAGGCUGCCCUGCAGCCCCAACAGUUCACUGUUCUUUCACCCAUCUCGCUGUCCUCUGUGGGUCAGCCGUUCACUGUGGCAGGCCUACCCAUUGCCUCCAUUGCCCAGUCCUCCAACACAGUCACCCUGCUUCCUGCUGGCUCGCAGCUCUUCACUCGCUACAUGGUGACUGGAGACGGAAAGGUGGACACCAUCACCUUGCACCCGUCCUCGGGCCUCACACUGGUGGGAACCACGGCCGUGCAGGACUCCAGCCAGCUGGGCACAGUGGUGAGCCCCGUAGAGCUGGUACACCUGAGCCAGCAGACCGGCAGCACAGAUGUGUUGCCCAUAGAAGGGCAGGUGGUGGACGGCACCAUGCUGGUGCAGCAGGAGAUGAUGCAGGGUGAGGUGGACACUGGCCAGGAGCACACGGUCAUUGAGAUCAACCCAGCUCCAGUGGAGCAGGCGGUAGGGGUGAUGGAGCUGCAACUGACCGGGGAGUCAGGCAGAGACGAGGCCGCCAUGGUUGUCCAGAGUGGGAUGGAGGUGACGAUGGCCGCAGAGGGGGAGGAGACGCAGUGCCAAAUGCAGGAGGGGCAGACUGAAGGGGUUCAGGGGCUGCAGUUGGAUGCCAAUGGACAGUUGUCAGGUGUACAGAUAGUUGUGAUAGAAGAAAAUACUCAGGAAGAAAACAAGGUGAAAUGAGACACACCUCCUAUUUUAUCCAGCAAAGCAGGUAUGAACACAUACUGAGCUUCACAGACUUGUGAAAGUGUAAAUACACCAAAUUUCCAAAUCCACAAUUACACUUGGCCUAAGACCAAGCACUAGGGUAGCCAUUUUUGCUUUUGUGUGUGUGUGUGUGUGUGUGUGUGUGUGUGUGUGUGUGUGUGUGUGUGUGUGUGUGUGCGUGUGUGUGUGUGCGCGCGUGCGUGCGUGCGUGCCUCUCAACUUCUUGUUCAUUUUUAUUGAAACAAAGAGGCAUUACAACAAAGGAUAUUAUGUAUGCUCCAGUUUUUUUUUUUUGUAUUUAAAGGAUAGUUCUGGUUUAUUAUAGCUUGGGUCUUUUUUUCUAGUUUUGGCCAUCAUUUCUGUCUGCAAUAUUAAAACUGUACUUACCAAGUAAAGUGCUGAGAUCUGGCAAUGUAGACAUCACUUAAAAGAAGUCAGAACAGUCCAAGGACUUAAAGACAGAAAACGGUAAAAUUAUUUCUCAAACUGUCUGCUAUAACCAUCCAUCACAGUUUAAAGACUGACUUUGUGGUUCAACUCUGGCAUACUGUACUUACUAUAGUUUAAGUACAAUGAAGGAUUUUUACAAACAUUUCAGGUGCGCUCACUUUUUUGUUUUUACCUCCAAAUAAAGUGGCUAAGAUUGGAUGUGUCCGACCCCUGGCCCCUUGACCAGUGCCAGGCCUUUGAGCAUUUGCCGAAGGGCUGUGAAGAUACAAUAUGGUUUGGCAAAAAAAGCUGAAUAAUGAUUAUAUUACAUUGAACUGAUUUUGAUCUAUUGUAUGUCAUCAGCACAAGUUCAUCAGUCUUUACCUACUUCGAUCUGCUGGUGCUGUGUUAUAGCUCUUGCAAACAAGCAGCUAACAUCUAAAAAGGAACAUAUGCAGAGUUUGAGGAGCAGUUUGAAAGAGCUGGACAGAAGGUGGGUGAGAUGAAAGGCCUAAUGUGUGUGUUUUUCUAUCCAAACAUUAAACAUGCUCAGUGGGGAUUCAGACUGAAAAUAGCCCUGCGUUGAACAGCGCAGAAAGCUGAAUUGGUUGGGGGCGUGUUUUUUAAGUUACAGACAGUAGUGGAUUGCAUUUAAAGGCUUAUCAGAUUGUAAAACACUGCAAAACAGUUUAUAAUACUCACAAACAGGACUUUACAACUUCUAAAUGAUCAGGCUGGCAACUAUUUUAUCUUUCAUUGUGAUGAUCAUGAGUUAAACAGUCGAAGUGCGGCAAUCAUUUUACAAAGUCAUCCUACAGGAAUGUUUACCUGCUUUUAUUUCACUGGCCAUUGCAGCAACUUCUGAACAAAAGUUGAGCCAGGUUCGAUUUGUUGCUGAAGCCCUCUGCGGUAGCAUCCCCGCUGCACUGACAUACGGGCUCAUUCGAUCCAAUGAGAGGGCUGCAUUCUCUUUUUGACUCAGGGCUAAAUAGAUUCUGAAUGCUGACUUAGCAUCAAAUUUUUAUUUUGGUCGCGAUACCAGUCCUUAAAUUGGUCACUAUAAAAACGUUGUAUGGUGCAAAAGAAGUUUGGGACCCCUGGUUUAGAUAAUAAGCUAAACAUUUUGCUGUUUACAACCUGUGAUCAUUCACCACUGAUAUUUCUUUCCUCAUCAGAGGUUUAGUUAUAAACAUGUUGUGUUCCCAGAUCUCAGUAAUGACACUGGUUGGCGCAGUGGUGUUACUAAUAAAAAUGAUGGCUGAAACUAAGAAAACAGGACCAAAGUUGUAACAAAACAGAAUUAUCCAUUAAGCCUUCAUGAACAACCUGAAGAGAAUUCACUGUAACUGUGAAGUCUACAUGCAGGGCUUUAAUGGUGCUGAUGAUUCAUCAGUUCACCUCCUCUUAUACUGACUCAGUAGUAGCAGGCUGUAACUUGCAGCCCUCUACUGUUGAUCAGACUCAUUACCAGUUACGGUGUUGGUGUCACUUGAGGCUGGGAUUAAUUGCACUGUCCGUUGUGUCGUAGUGUCGCAUCCAAGCUGUAUUGUUUUUGCACUGUGUGAUGUCCUUUUAGGACCAGAGGAAGAUGUUUGCAACAAUGCCUGCUCUCUAAAAAUUUUUUUAGACUUCGGCCAUACUGUUGGAUAUGUGGCGUGUUUCUCUGUGCAUAGUUAAAUGGCAACAGGCCAAACUCCUCUCAUUGAAGCUGUAUGGCUUUUGCACUGUCUUACAGGCUUAUUACUGCCUGAUUUUCACCCACAAAACUCUCUUUCCUAGAUUGUGACCAUCUAUUGCUUUUUCUCAGUAUCAUAGGUAGCCUGAGCUACUGGACUGACUGAGUCAAUAUAUAUAAAAGAACACAUAUAUACUUAAUGUCAAACAUGGUAUGCCAGUGUUUUACACUUGUAAAGUAGUAUCAUAUUUAUUAGUUUUUCAUCUGGCCUUUCAGUCAAAGGUGCAAAACUGGAUGAAUUUAUGCUCUUAGCUUUCGCUCACAUCGGCAAAGACCUGUUCAAGACUUGUGCAUUUCCAAUAAUUUAAUUUAACAAAUGAGGGUAUUUGCAUACUGACUUUGUAAUGUGUUUUAAUAUCAGAUUAAAACUGAAAGAACAAGUGGGAGUGGUUGUGUCAGUGUUUCACCACCAGAGUGCGCUGUGUGCUCACCCCACUACGGCCUGAAACUGGCGAUGGGGGUCACAGCUGCAUUUAUAGAAGGAGGAAAUAGGUCUGCUGCUAUAAUCUCUGACUUCUCCGUGUGUCAGGCUUAUUACAGUAUGUGGUGUAAUCUGCACCAUCAUGCGUGCUGUCCAUGAUGAGCAGGCCUCUCUGGAGGCUGAGCCGUGCUGACAGUGCACCAGGGCUCGCUGGUUAUUACAUUCCUCUAUUCUUGUAGUGCCUAACAAUCCUAGAUAGACUGUAUAUGGGAAGGAGAUGAGGAUUUGGGUUAUACAAGCGCGAAAACGGGCACACGCACACAAACCAAAAGGCUGAAAUAGACACUGAGAUUAACUGGUUUUAGGUGUGUGUGGAGUGCAAAAAAGGAAACAUCCCGACAUCAGCAGUGUAAUGUGAAGCCGCUGGUGGUCAGGUGAGGGCUAAAAGGUUGAGAAAUUGAACAGCAGGGGUCCUGGUGGGGUGUAGGAGUUGAGGAUGUGUUGUCCGAGUAAAUUACAUAGGUUUUCCAUAGGCUGUAGAUUAUGUUUUUUUAAAUGUGCACAAGACAAAGAAAACAGGAGCAGCACAAGCAUCGGUUACAUGUUGUAAUAGUCUCAAAAAACCCUGAGAAGUUGAAAGGCUGUUAAUAGAGAUGCCAAAGCAGCUGGCGUUUUGUCGUUAUCACCUCGGCUCUAGCAGGUUUAGCAUAGAAUAGAUGCACGGCCCUGACAUCUUGCAGUCUGUGUAUCGUACAGAAAGGAUGGCUUCAUGCUCUACAGCAUCAGAGGAGGAAAACAGGCCCAUAAACAAAUUCUGUCAUCAUAUUCUUGGAGAUUACACAUAUGCUUGACUUAAAAAAAAUGAAGUGACACAGUGACAAAUCAUGUGUUGAGUAAGGAAAGGAUUUCACUUGGUUUUAAAUCACGUUCUUUUAAUUUUUCAGGAACAUUUACGUAAGCCUGUACAUUUAUUCAAUACAUGCUUACUCUAAGCUAGCCUGCCAGUGAACUGGGGCUAUUAAGCCAAUCAUUAUGAGGCCUCUAAGAAUUUCUUACACCAUACUGCAAUAACUGCCCAGGUCUAAGACUCAGAAUUAUGCAUAGUGUUUGAAAUCUAGUGCCAGAGUAAUCAUUUAAAACUGAAUUCAUUUAUUUUCUGGCCACUUGGGGGAAGGAGAUCAAACUGAAAAAAUAUAUAUUAUAUAAAAAUAUAUAUAUUAUCACCUUUUCAAAUUUGUUAUGGCUAAUGCGUUAGCAAACAAUUGACUCUUUACAUACAACAGAUCUUAUAAAUAGUUUGUACAAAAAAUUACACUUUGCAUUGGGAAGAAUUAUACUGUAGGUCGUCAUCUAAGCAUUACCGAAAAGGUUCGGUGCCGUAGUUAGCAGAAUUCUGCAACAACCUAAAAACUGAGCAUGGUAUGUUGUUGUCCUGUGUAGUUGACACUGCUUACAUAUUUGCAAACAAUUUCCUGUUUUCAUAUCCACCAGACAUGGAGCAACAUUAGAAUUCAAAAGUUUACAACCGUGCUAGCAGCUUUGUGAGGCUGUACUUAGGCACGGCUAAAUGCUAACAUCAGCAUGUUAACAUGCCCAUAAUAACAAUGCUAAUGCACUGAUAUUUAGCAGAUAUACUGUUAUAUACUAUGUUCACUAUCGUAGUUUAGUGUGAUGGCUACACCCACAGCCAUACCAGCAGUCUAAAACAUUUGGGAACAUCAUUUUUUACUCACCCUCAUUUUCACUACAUUUCCACUCAUUUAGGUUUAAAUUCAGUUAGACAAUUUUCGUAGUUAACCACAGUUUGAUUUUGACUUAUUAUUAAUAGCAUUUUUUGGCAUACAUAAUAAAAGAAGCACAUGUAUUUAGUUAAUUUUGUAAUGUCAACACGUAAGAUGUUGUCUUUAAGUUAACUUAAUAUUGUUUUCUUUCCUUUUUUUGAGUUACCAUGCUGCUAGUCUUGGGGAUUAUCUGUGGAGAAUAAUCAUUAGGUACACCCCUAAUUUAAACCAUAAGAAACAAGAAGUGUGGACUGAAACCAAGGAUUUCACUCUGAAACCUAGAGUGAAUGAGCAGCUAUUUGAAGCUAAGCAGGUUUCAAACCUGUCUUACGACUCUAAAGGAACAAUUAUAGAGCAGCAUUGAUGGCUGUAGCUGCUGCAAACAGAUUUUAUAGACCGUCUUAACCCCUGCUCUUGGUUCCAGUAGUAUACAGUUUACUGAUGUAACAGUAUAGGAUUUCUGAAUAACAAAAUCUCUCAAGAUUUAAAAAGAAAUGUAGGCAACAGUUACUCACUGCCUCUUGGGGUUGCAAGAGCACAAGGUUACCAGGUGCAGCUGUAGGGCAGAGUGAGGCAGGUGUCAUAGGAAUUUGAAGAGUAAAAACCUUUGCCACUGUCAAGUAAAAAACUCCUUAACUUUCCUAGAGGUUUACCUUUAUAAGGGAGGCAUUACAAGAAAGCCAAUUAAAAGUCAUGGAAAGUCCAAAAUGGAAAGGGUUCAUCCUUUGGGGAUCAUGAAUGUGCUCAGUUGAUAUUUCAUCUAUGCAUGUUCAAAUUUUGACCUGAUGGUGGUGGACAAGGAAAGGUAAUUAUAUUCCCAUUUUGUUUUGAUAUUCCUUGAGAACCAGUAAAAAUUGUGGCUUAAUCCAAAACCCAUAAACAUUAGAAUUCUUCCUAUGAGAACAAUAAAUAUAUGUUAAAUGCUAGGUCUGGCUUCAAGAUAAAUUGAGUUUUCAAUGAUGGAAUUGUUGUUCAAGGAGUCCUAAUAGUGGUGCUAAAUAAGGACAAACAAACACCAUAAUCAUCAGGAUGAAUCAUCCAGUGAGGAACAAGAAUACCCAAACUUGAUGACAAUCUGGCCAGUCGUUGUUAAAGUAUUUAGCUUUAGGUCAAAGUGUUGAAUACAGGUACACAGUGACUGAAUAGCAUUACCUCUGUAAGGCCAUGAUUAGACAGACAACAGUGCUGUGUGAAACACAUAGGGCUGCGGUGAAAAAACACAGUGUCAUCCUGCAAAAAAGUUGAUCUUGGUUCAACUUUUGCUGCGACACAACCCAACGUCAUCUGCAUUGGGCAAUCAAAAAUGUUUAAGUGUACAUUCCUGGCAUAUUACUCACCAGGAAUUAUAACAUGGGUUUUAAAAUCAAUUAUAAUAUUACAAUCCACUUUGCAAUAUCUGUGCAUCUGAUAAGCCGAGAAACUCAUGCAUCUGUUGGUCAAACUGGAAUUCCUGGAUGGUAUUUCAUAGAGAAUCGAAGCAAACUCUCUGGGCUUGCCUCUGUUCCACUAGCUUCUGUAACUCAAGGCAUUCUCUCAUUCAGCAUUUCUUUAAAAAAAUGAAGUCUUUCCCUGGGGUUUACUGUCAGUAUUCUAAGACAAAUCGUCAUCGAUUCAAAACCUUUGUGAUUUUAACAAAGUUAAAACGUCUAUUUUGUGAACACUGAAUAAGCUACAGCUGCCAUGAAAAAAACUAUAAGCCAUGCAAUGUGGGUUUUGUAUCCAAUUAUAAAUGGAGGAAUCUCUGUGUCUGUAUUUCAAUUUUCUCAACAACCGCUUAUCCGGUCGACUUCAAACCUUGCAGGUGUAUUGCUGAGGACCCAAGGGAGUGCAGUGUCGAUUCGUGAAGUUUUGUGGAUUAGCAGUUCUCAAGAAAGCUUCAAACAUCACUUUUCUACAUGUUAUUUGAUGUGAAGAAAAAGGUGGAACUACACUAAGAGGGCAGUGCAGCACCUGGACAAUUUACAGCACCCCCUGGGGUCAGCUGAGAACAACAAAGAUCCAUGCUUUCAAUGUGUAACACUGUAUUUACUGUGCUUUUCUCUCACAAACCAAGUCUUUUGUGCACAAGAUUUAAGGGUACAUUUUAUGCUCUGUUGUUUUGUUCAUCGGAUAUUUUACCCCUUUCAUUGUCUUGUGUUGUAUUUACUGUGCAUUUCACUCGCAAACCAAGUCGUUGGAGCGCAUAGAUUUGAGGUGCAGUUUACAAAUCUGAGGGCACAGACUAUGAAUACGAGAGCAAGGCUUAUAAACCGUGCCCACAGAUUUCUAAACCCAGAACCUACACAUUUACAAAUGGAGCUCAGCUGCGACGGCAUUUGCUAAAGCGUCGCCCUGACACUAUAGGAGCAGAGCGAAGCAGCCAACUCCUGCAGUAACAAACAAGACCGACUGACCACAUGCACUGCAGCCCACAAAGGAUUCACUGGUAUUGUAACUUGCCAGCACUGAAUGUUUAUGAGCAGUGCUAUUUGUGGGACAUUGUACGGAUCCCCCUAGGGUCAUCUGAGAAGCUGGAUUAGCGCAAGCCAAGCUAUCUGCCCCUACCAAAAGGCACAUUUUGAACAGGCACUGCAUUAGUCCAUAAAACUCAUCAACACUCUCUCCUAAAUAAAUUUUUUGUAAAUAAAGUAACUUUGUAGUUGUAAACUCUGCUUUCUAUAAAAUUCUACAGCUUUCAGUUGUCUGUCCUGCUGUUAAUGCAGACUUGUCUGAGCUAAGCAUGACCCCUCGAUUCACCCGCGGACUUGCUUCUUUUGUUCAGCUUUGACUUUUGGCUCACAAAUGCCAAGGGUUUAUGGGAAAUGAAUGACAUUAAAGGCAGUUAAAAAAAAAAAAAAAAUGAGAUAAUUUUCCAAAAAUGAUAUACACAUGAACCAAGCCACACAAUACACUGUUGAGAAAGGCUCUGAAACAACAAACCCCCACCACUGUA